AUGUCUUCAGCCCAGCAACGUCUUUCUCAAGUGUCUUCUCACUUUGGCUCCGGUAGCCAGAAGGGAGCCGCGGCCCUCACCCAGAAGAACCCUGAUGAUAUUGUCGUGACAUGUGCUCUGCGCACAGCUCUGACCAAGGGCGGAAAGGGUGGCUUCAAGGACACUGCUGCUGCUGAUCUCCUUGCCGGUGUCUUCAAGGCUGUCAUCAACAAGAGUGGUAUCGACCCUAAGUAUGUCGAGGAUGUCGCUGUUGGCUCAGUUCUGCCUCCUGGCGGCGGUGCUACGGAAUUCCGUGCUGCUGCCCUCGUCGCUGGCUUCCCGGAGACUACUGCUGUCAAGUCCCUCAACCGUCAGUGCUCCUCCGGUCUGCAGGCCGUGGUUGAUAUCGCCAACGCCAUCAAGACCGGCAUGAUUGAUGUUGGUAUUGGUGCUGGUGUUGAGAGCAUGUCUUCGCAAUACGGACCCGGCGCUGUGACUGAGUUCUCCGAGCUCCUUGAGAGCCACCCCGAGUCCGCCAACUGCAAGGUGCCCAUGGGUGUUCUGUCCGAGAACAUGGCCAAGGACCGUGGUAUUUCCCGUACCGCCCAGGAUGCCUUUGCCGCAAACUCGUAUCAGAAGGCCGUCAAGGCCCAGAAGGCUGGCCUGUUCAACGAGGAGAUUGCCCCUCUUGAUGUCAAGUGGACCGAUCCCAAGACUGGCGAGGAGAAGACCAUCACCGUCAAGGCCGAUGAUGGUAUCCGCGAGGGUAUGACUGCCGAGUCGCUCGGCAAGAUUCGUCCCGCCUUCGCCAAGGAUGGUUCCAUUCACGCUGGCAACGCUUCCCAGAUUUCUGACGGUGCUGCCGCUGUUCUGCUUAUGAAGCGCUCCACUGCUGAGCGCCUGGGUCAGAAGAUCAUUGGCAAGUACGUCACCGCCAGUGUGGUCGGUGUCAAGCCUCUUCUGAUGGGUAUCGGCCCCUGGGCUGCCAUUCCCGUAGCCCUGGAGAAGGCUGGUAUCACCAAGGAUGAGGUCGACAUCUAUGAGAUCAACGAGGCGUUCGCUUCUCAGUGUGUUUGGUGUGUCAACGAGCUUGGCCUCCCUGCUGAAAAGAUCAACCCCAAGGGCGGUGCUAUUGCAUUCGGUCACCCACUCGGCUGCACUGGCUCUCGCCAGGUCAGCACUCUCCUGACUGAGCUCAAACGUACCGACAAGAAGAUCGGUGUGACCAGCAUGUGUGUCGGUACCGGUAUGGGUAUGGCUGCCGUCUGGGUCGCCGAGUAA